ACCGUGUAUGGUAUAGGACAUCUUAUGGAAGAGAAACAUUCUUAUUUUUUGACCUGCUGUGGUGUCCCGUCCCAUUGAGGACGCCAUUCACUCAGAUUAAUUAAAAACAAAUCUUCCAUUUUCCUGGCCAUACUUAAGUGACCAAGCCAUAUGCAACAUACUUUUUUUUAUUUUUAAUUAAAAGGAACUACUUUCCAGUCAUUGGAGGUCUAUCAGUAUAGGGGUUGGCCCAAGACUGCCUCACUUUUUCUUUUCUUUUUUUUUUUUUGUACCAGGGGCCCUCCAGCCCCACGUCUCCCCCAUGGAGAUCCACUGUAAGCACGACCCGUUUGCGGCUAUGCACAGACAUGGUGGCGUGAACCAGCUUGGUGGUGUGUUUGUAAAUGGCCGGCCUCUCCCAGAUGUCGUGCGACAGCGAAUAGUGGAACUAGCCCACCAAGGGGUGCGUCCCUGCGACAUCUCCCGCCAGCUACGCGUCAGUCAUGGAUGUGUCAGCAAGAUACUGGGCAGGUAUUAUGAAACGGGCAGUAUCCGCCCCGGCGUCAUCGGGGGAUCCAAACCAAAGGUUGCUACACCCAAAGUGGUCGACAAGAUUGCCGAUUACAAACGCCAAAAUCCCACCAUGUUUGCCUGGGAGAUCCGGGACAGGCUCCUGGCCGAGAGAGUAUGCGACAACGACAGCGUGCCCAGCGUCAGCUCCAUCAACAGGAUCAUUCGCACCAAGGUUCAGCAACCGCCGGGCCAAACGGGCUCAGUGACGGCUCACAAUUUAGCAACAUCAGUGGCCGCCACACAGGUCUCUGCUGUAACCAGCGACUCUGCCGGCUCGUCGUACUCCAUCAGUGGCAUUCUGGGUAUCAGCUCGGCUGCUGAUGUUGGCAAGAGGAAGAGGGAUGAAGGUCUGCAGGAGUCACCGCUGGCCAACGGGCACAGCCACAGUGGGCGGGACUUCCUCAGGAAGCAGAUGAGAGGAGAGCUGUUCUCACCGCAGCAGAUCGAGGUAUUGGACCGCCUGUUUGACAGACAGCCAUCCUGUCCAAUCCAAUCCAGCUCUGACCUCUAUGUGAGCCCAGACCCUGGCAAGACGUCAGAUUACUCCUCCAUGGCAUCUCUCGCCGGUGGACUGGACGAAAUGAAGAAUAGUUUGACCAAUCCUGGCACAGGGGCGGAGUUAGGAGCCAGCGUGGCUGGCCCACAGUCCUAUUCAAUAGUUCCAGGUCGAGACCUCGCCAGCACCACCCUGCCAGGCUACCCUCCUCAUGUUCCUCCCACGGGACAGGGCAGCUACUCCGCCCCGUCCCUCACUGGCAUGGUACCAGGAGGCGAUUUCUCCGGAAGCCCUUAUUCCCAUCCUCAGUAUUCCACAUACAACGAAUCCUGGAGAUUUCCUAACCCGAGUUUAUUAGUGUUUCAGCAAGAUUAUGGGUCUCUCCUGGGGACGGAAAUCGGUUGCUCCUCCACUCUCUUCACCAGCCAGGCAGGACAGAUGCAAGGGUCACCGUACUACUACAGCGCAACAUCCCGGGGGACGGGCCCUGCCACCACGGCAACAGCCUCUGCGUAUGACCGCCAUUGACACCACCCACUCAGAGGAGGAGGAGGAGGAGGGAGGGGGGAAAAGGAGAGCACCAGCACCGCUCAGUACAAACCUGCCCUGUGCCCCGAUGACACAGAUUUGGACUUGGGUGAAUAUUUUUGGACAGCCAUGGAAGCCUGACCUUUACACUGCUCGCCUGUAAAGCAUUACAUGAUGCGGUGCUGCAGGUAGGCUCCACUCAAGCAUUUCACGAGUACGUUUUCAAACAUUUGAGUACGCUCCUACCACACUGUCUUUGUUUGCGAUGUUUGUUUAUGGUCACGUACAAAUCCAAGAAACACACAUGUAUAGCCGUCAUUAAAAGUGUUGUGAUCUUCUGUGUAUGAGGGUUGGGAUUUUUUUUUUUUUUUGUUCCUUUUUGGGCUGCAGCAAAAUCAGAUGACUUUAUCUAACCUGCUGUCAAUCAUAUUAAGUUCUAUGCCAUGUUACGAUGAAGUAAAGACAAUCCAACUCACUCAUGACCAAACAUUCUCAAUGCUAGCCUCAUUCCAUACGCAAAGGGUCCACUUUUUGACAAAGCACAGACCUCGAGUGUAAAAUCCUUUGUUGACAGAAGGUCCCAAACAGAAAUCAAACAGGGAGUGUGUUCGUGUACAGGAAGGUGCUAUCUAACCCCCCCCCCCAAGAUUUAUUACUCAUCAAGAGCUAUUUAUAAUGGAGGAGAAAGAGUAAUAUAUUAAGCUUUUUUUGCGCCGCACUCUGCCAUGAGAGUGAAUGCCUGUAGCAAUUUAUAAUGUGUCACGCUGUUGUGCUAUAGAAUAGUGAUGAUGAUGAUGAUGAUGCAGUAAAGUCUUUUAAAAAUAUUCUUUGUUUAUAAUGUUUUGCAACUGAGGUUUUCUUGUUAAAACGUUUAUCCACUUCAUGGUUACUUCCAAAAGUUGAGUCUGGAGUCUCGCGUUCUGUCUUUAAAACUCCCCAAAGAUGGGCCCCCCUCUAGUGGAUCGGCUGACUAUCUACAAAAGCACAAAGAGACGAUCAUCCGGUUUGUUUUUAUUGGGGACUUUUGCUUUGGAGGA